AUGUAUGCAAAAAUAGAAAGUGAAAGACUCCUCUACAUACGACUAAAUCAAGUCAAAUUGCGUUCUGAGGAGUACAUCCAUUUACGUGAUGCAGUUGUAAAUGAUGGCAAUCUUAGUGAAAUUGGAAAAAUAGUCAUUUUGCCAUCCACAUAUACAGGCAGACCAAGACACAUGCAUGAAUAUGCACAAGAUGCAAUGACGUAUGUUCGUGCAUGUGGUCGUCCAGAUUUUUUCAUCACAUUUACAUGUAACCCAGCAUGGAAUGAAAUAAAGGAGCUUCUAUUAACUGGACAAUCGUCAUCAAAUCGUCAUGAUAUUUCUGCACGUGUAUUUAAACAAAAGUUAAAAUCUUUAAUGGAUUUUAUUGUCAAGCACCAUGUAUUUGGAGAGACGCGCUGUUGGAUGUAUUCCAUUGAAUGGCCAAAAAGAGGUUUACCACAUGCGCAUAUUUUAAUAUGGAUGAUGGAAAAGAUAACACCUAACAGAAUUGAUCAAAUCAUCUCUGCAGAAAUACCAGAUAUUGAAAUUGAUAAAGAUUUGCACGAUAUUGUCUCAAAAAAUAUGAUUCACGGUCCAUGUGGCUCACUAAACAAUAAUUCACCAUGCAUGUCAGGUGGAAAGUGCACAAAGCGGUAUCCUAGAGACUUACUUGCUGAAGCUAUUACAGGCAAUGAUGAAUAUCCACUCUAUCGACGACGAUCUACCGAAGAUGGUGGAAAAUCCAUUAAACUAAAAGUACUCAACAAUACUAUUGAUGUUGAUAAUCGUUGGGUAGUACCAUAUUCUCCAUUACUACUAAAAACAUAUAACGCGCACAUAAAUGUUGAGUACUGCAAUUCAGUGAAAGCUAUAAAAUAUAUUUGCAAAUAUGUGAAGAAAAGGAAGCGAUAUGGCAGUGUAUGCACUGGAAAAUACAACCGCUUCUAA